UGCUACACUGUUCACUUCUGUGUCUCUGUUUGUGUGCGACUAGUAUUCAAAGAAAAAAUGCCAGCCACCCGCUCCAAGAAACUUGCCGCCCACCCUCCGUCUACCAGGAUGAGUUUGAGGAGCUUCCGCAGCGUCCCUCUGGUUCCCGAGACGUCGUCUUCUUCUUCCUCUGAUGACAGUUGUGACAGCUUUGGCUCUGAUGGAGGCUUUGCAAACACGAGGAGUGGCUUAAGACUGACGAGGAGGACGACUACGGAGAAACCAAAGAUGUUUAAGGCUUCAUCGGAGGAGGACACAUGUAGCGGGUUUGAGGAGAGUGUGAUCAACAGCCAGAUGAAAGCCAUGAAAGUAGACUCUGAACCUGUGAGACGUGGCCGCAGGCCCACCAUCCUGAAGGUGGCCAUGACAUUCCCCACCAAGAAGACGGGCAAGAAGAGGCAUGCAUCCGAACCACUCGCUCAAAGUGAAGUACAGGACUCCGACUCUGAGGGGGAGGAGAACUUCAUCGACAAGAGAGCCCUGAAUAUCAAGGAGAACAAAGCAAUGCUGGCGAAGCUCAUGUCAGAGCUCAACAAAGUACCCGGACUUUUCCCAGGACGGAGGGCAAUGUCUGCAUCUACUACGCCUCGACAGGCACCUCGGUGGUCAGCGGGAACUCCUAGAACUCUUCGGAGAAUCUCCGAGCGUUUGUCUCGCCCCCACACGCGGUCCCGCACGCAGGUGGACGGACCCCCCAGCCCGACUCCAGAAGAAGAGCCCGAGGACAGCUUCAGCCUGGUUCGCAAAAGCCGCUACUUCGAGGAAGUCGAUGAGCCACCCCGCCGCCGUUCCUUCAACGGCGUGAAGGCCAUCCCUCACGUGGUGCGGCCUGUGGACGACAUCACAGAGACGGAGCUGCGGGGCAUCUGCAACAACGUGCGGGAGAAAGUCUACAACAGCUCCACUGGAUCCACUUGCCACCAGUGCCGCCAGAAAACAAUCGACACCAAAACCAACUGCCGUAACCCAGAGUGUGUCGGGGUCAGGGGUCAGUUCUGCGGCCCUUGUCUUCGUAACCGGUACGGAGAGGAGGUCCGUGACGCUCUGCUGGAUCCGGAGUGGCAGUGCCCGCCAUGCAGAGGGAUCUGUAACUGCAGCUUCUGUCGGGCCAGAGACGGUCGCUGUGCUACAGGAGUGUUGGUGUACCUGGCAAAAUAUCAUGGAUUUGACAAUGUGCACGCCUACCUGAAAAGCUUGAAAAAGAAGAUGGAAGAGAGAGGCGAGUGAGAUGUGGAGGAACGAGCUGAUCCUGAACCUGACUGACAUGCGCUGUGAUAAUUCCUACCAGUCCAAACAUUCAUGGUGUUUCAAGCAUUAUAACAUAAUGCUAAAUGUUGUUCCUGUUUGUGAAAUUUCACCUACUGUUUUUAGCAUUGACUGACAUCUGGAGCAGGGCCAUGCUGCCAGUUCUCUCCAGCCUGACGCUUGCUUUGUUGUUGUUUUCCUGCCUGUUCUAAAGAGUUUUUAUAUUAAGACUGGUUGAUCGUAUGCUAAGGUGGCCCAAAACAAAUUUUUAGGAAGAUGUCUCAUACUUGAUUGUUGUCCGAACAUUCCCGUGGAUCUUAAAUGUUUUAAGACACAUGAUGUAUAUAUUCCCAUAGCACGAGAUCAUAGAUGAAUCGGGCAUGAUCUACUGUAUUCUUACAUUGUUUUAAAUGUUACAGCUUUUGUCUUUUUUUUUUUUUUUUUUUUCUUGUUGCAAAUUAAUGCUUGUGUUUUUACAAGUUCUGUAAAUCUGAUGAAAGUGUAAAUGUAAAAAAUAAAACACACAAAAGGUUUGCUUUAGUUGGGACGUUGUGCAGAAAUGUCCCGAUGAUCUGCAUGCCGCUGAGGUGGUGCAGGUGGAAAGGGCAUAGGCUCUGGGGUCCACUGCCUCUCACUUCUACACCGAGAGGAACUGUGUGAUAUACUACAGCGCCUGGUUAAAUAUCCUUCAUUAGAUAACUGUCACUAAUGGUGUGGAAACAAUUAGCACACUCUAAUGGGAAUCUCAUACCUGUAAAUCAUUUUAUCCUGUUAAAGCACAUUCUCGCUCUGCUCCAGUCUCUUUGGCUCAUUUUCUGCCUUCCACUGUUAAGUAGGAAUCGUUGAAGGUGCCACUGGAGUGGCAAUAGAGUUAUGGCCUGCAUUUUCUGCUCAGAAGUGCGAUACUCUACGCGGAAUGACAUGGAAUUAACCUUUGUGUCGCUCAUCUUUGAAAUGUACUUCAUUCGACCUGCACCAGGACACGCUGAUUAUAUGAUACUGUUUCAAAAAUAAUCAGCGGCUGAGAUUUCUUCUUCAGUGUAAUGGCAGGUGGAGGUUAUCCUGCUGCUGCCGCCUGUGUUUAUCAGGCACUGUGCUCCUAACGGGAAGCGUAACGCUGAACUGUUGAUGGGAAUAUCUGUUGUGCUGAUGCUUGAUUUGUACUGUAC